UCAGUCCAUCGACAGUGGACAGUCACAUUUGUUGGGCUGCUAAACCUUUUCAACAUGUCUGAAGAUAAUCAAGAUAUACCAGAAAAAGUGAUUGAAUAUGAAAGAUUCGUUAAUGAAGUGCUGAGAAAGGAUUUAGAGAAAGUGCUGUCGUCUAGAGAUGAGAUCUUUGCUCAGAUUGCGGAAUACCUCCAGCUUAGAACAACCAUUGAGAAGAUUCAGGAGACAGGAUGUGAGAAUGAAGAGCUCAAGACCCAAAUAGACCUUGGCUGUAACUUCUAUGCCCAAGCAAAAGUCCAGGAUGCAUCCAUGAUAUUUGUUCAGAUCGGCUUUGGUUUCUUUGUUGAGUUCACAUUGAAGGAAGCUCUCAAGUUCAUUGACAAGAAAACAAAGCUUCUCACCCAGCAAAGUGAGAAACUAACUCAAGAUUCUGCUAAGAUAAAGGCUCACAUCAAGCUUGUGUAUGAGGGUUUAAGAGAAAUUCAGCACUUGAACAAAGACCUCCCCAAAGAACACAGAUCUGUCUUUACAUGACACACUGCAAACCCUAUGAUCUGCCCUUGAUGGGCGCUCUGGUAUUACUGCAGAGUGGACAAACAUUGAGGAGUGUGUUGCUGAGGCACAGAGAUACAAGAUGGACUGUCUGGUUUGAGAAACUGUGAUGGGUAAAAACUGGAAGGACUUAUCGUUUGGAUAUGAAGCAGGCCUGAUAUGAAGGGGAGGUGGAUUCAUCUGAAAGUUGUAAACAGUAUACAUUAAAAAUACAUGUAUGUUUAUGCCUAGCCUGUCUCUAACAAUAUCUGGUGCAUGUUGGAUGCAAUCUGCAUGCAAUAAAGCUAUAAGGCUGCUUUAAAAGAAUCACCAUGCAGACACUGUGUUUGUGCUUGUAGCAGUCAAAAUACAGUAUUAUGUAUUUUAAAGUAAGUCCAGUUCCAGCACAGUUUGCUUUGAUUAGAUUUCAAACAAUCGUAGAUAUACAUUUAGGAAAGUGGGGAGGAAGUGAGAAAAAAAGAGACAUGAUUUAUGAAUAUUGUAUUACCAUGAAGAUAACAUUCUAUAACAGACAAAUUAGCAGCUCCUUUUACCAAAUUGCCUGUUUAGAAUAUCAAGAUAUUCCACGAUUCUCAUUCAUUGUGACUCUACCCAAAUAAAGGAUGUUUCAUAAUUAUAUGUAAGUAUUUGUGUAAAAUAAGUAUUUUUUAUUACAUAAAGAUUAAGAAAACAUA